AUGGCUCCCUUCAUGAACUACUUCGGCCUUGGAGCCGCCCCAGCAUCGCCAGAACCGAAGGAAGACCCAAAGCAGAGCCCCAUCCGAGCACUGCCGGCAGCAUGGUUUACCUCACAACAAAUGUAUGAGUUGGAGAGACGAGCGAUCUUCUCAAAACGAUGGCUGUUCCUCACCCAUCGGAACCGACUGCAAGAAGCGGGCGACUACCUCCGCUACACCAUUGCCGGGUUCGACAUAAUCGUUAUCCGGGAUCGUUCGAACAACAUCAACGCAUUCCAUAACGUUUGUCGACACCGAGCGUACCCUGUGGUCGAGAAGAAAUGCGGAAAAGUGAGCAUUCUGGCUUGCCGAUAUCACGGCUGGUCGUACGGCUUGAACGGCAAACUCGCGAAGGCACCGCAGUACCAGGAAUUGGAUGGCUUCGACAAGUCUCAGAAUGGCUUGUUCUCAAUUCAUGUGCAUGUCGAUAUCAACGGCUUCAUUUGGAUCAACCUCGACGCGCAAAAGGAGAAACCAGAAGUACCGUGGGAGGCCGACUUCGAUACUGUGGACAAGCAGGAGAGGUUUGAAGACUUCAACUUUGACGACUAUGUGCUUGACCACACUUAUGAGCUCGACGGAGGGUACAACUGGAAGAUCGCUUGCGAUAACUUCAAUGAAUGCUACCACUGUCCGACCACCCAUCCGGAUGUGCCGGCGUUCCUUAACGUCGACUCCGCGGAUGUCGAGGUGAAGGAUGGCCACAUGCAGCACGAUCAUGCUUCGAACCCUGAGCAACGGAGGCAAGGGUUGAACGUCAACAGCACAUACUACUUCCCGAAUGUGUCGAUGUCGGUUUCGCCACACUUCCUAAUGAUCCAGAAGUUCCUCCCCGAUUCGGCAACCAAAUCAACCCUCCACUACGAAGUCUACCGCAACAAGAACUCCUCCGACGAAGAGUUCAAGCUCAUCAGCGAGAUGUACGCUCGUGUCAUGGCGGAGGACAAAAUCCUCUGUGACCGCGCACAGAAGAACUUGAACGCCGGUGUCUUCGUCAACGGCGAGAUGCACCCCAAGUGCGAGAAAGGCCCUCUCUACAUGCAAAGCAAGGUCCGCGAUGCAGUGACGGACCACUACCGACGAGAGAAGGCCGCCGGUGCUGAGAUCUGGCCUGCGAGGCAGAAGUUACCUGGGAAUGCCCUUGUCAGCCAGGAAGAUAUUGAUAUGUGUAAUGGGCUUGACUGCACGGCGCCGCAGCAGGAGGGUUUGGUCUGGUGA